CCCGAUCUGUCGACUGCAGCGGUUCACACCAGUUGCCGCAGUGAGGAUCACAUUGUGCACAAUUUUAAUAAUUCGGUCGAUGCUGAGCACAGAACAAAUCCAUUUCGAAUAAUGGAGCUGAAUAGUGUUGCGAUUGGGGAUGGAGUUGGAGUGGAAGCAGCCAAGUCAACUGAUUUUAAUGGCAGGCCAACGCCUGUGGGCGGGGCACCCACUGAGAGCCCUCCGGCGCCACAUGCUGAGAAAUCGAAACCCCAGUUGCUGUAUGCCAUCAAUGAGAAUCCUGUGUGGUACCUGAGCAUAUUCCUCGCUUUCCAACAUUAUUUGACAAUGAUUGGAGCGAUUGUGUCGAUUCCAUUUAUCCUAACGCCGGCGCUCUGCAUGUCCGAUGAGGAUCCCAACCGUGGCAUCAUCAUAUCCACAAUGAUCUUUGUGACCGGCAUUGUGACGUACUUCCAAGCGACAUGGGGCGUCCGCUUGCCUAUAGUCCAGGGCGGAACCAUAUCCUUCCUAGUGCCGACGCUAGCCAUCCUCGCACUGCCGCAAUGGAAAUGCCCGCCUGCAGCUGAGCUGGAUGCCAUGAAUGAGGAGGAGCGCAACGAACUCUGGCAGAUACGCAUGCGCGAGCUGUCCGGGGCGAUUGCUGUUUCGGCCAUGGUGCAGGUCAUCCUGGGCUAUACGGGACUGGUUGGCAAGAUCUUAAAGUAUGUAACGCCGCUGACGAUUGUGCCAACGGUUUCGCUGGUCGGUCUAACGCUCUUCGAGCACGCUGCGGAAACGGCCUCCAAGCACUGGGGCAUUGCAGUGGGAACCACAGGAAUGCUGACGCUUUUCUCGCAAAUCAUGUGCGACGUUUCGAUUCCGAUAGUUGCCUACCGCAAGGGCCAUGGGCUGGAGGUGCGUAAGUUUCAGCUCUUCCGUCUGUUCCCCGUGCUGCUGACCAUCAUAAUUAUGUGGGGCCUUUGCGGCAUUCUCACGGCCACCGACGUCUUUCCCCCGUCGCAUCCAUCACGCACAGAUGUGCGUCUGAAUGUGCUGACGAGUGCCAAGUGGUUCUAUGUGCCGUAUCCGGGCCAGUUCGGAUGGCCCUCGGUCACGUUGUCCGGUGUCCUUGGCAUGCUGGCAGGCGUGCUUGCUUGCACGGUGGAAUCGCUGAGCUACUAUCCCACAGUUUCCCAAAUGGCCGGCGCCCAAUCCCCACCGCUGCACGCCAUCAAUCGAGGCAUCGGCACCGAGGGACUGGGCACUGUUCUGGCCGGCCUCUGGGGCGCUGGCAAUGGCACAAACACCUUCGGCGAGAAUGUGGGCGCCAUAGGCGUGACCAAGAUAGGUUCUCGGCGCGUCAUUCAGUGGGCCGCGUUCAUCAUGGUGCUGCAGGGCAUCAUAGGCAAGUUUGGCGCCAUAUUCAUCCUUAUUCCCGACUCGGUGGUGGGAGGAAUAUUCUGUGUCAUGUUUGGCAUGAUCAUCGCCUUCGGUCUGUCCACACUGCAGUACGUGGACCUGCGCUCCGCGAGAAACCUCUACAUUCUCGGCCUAUCGAUAUUCUUCCCCAUGGUCUUGUGUCCCUGGAUGCAGCAGCAUCCGGGUGCCAUCAACACGGGCAAUGAGACCGUAGACUCCACACUCUCCGUGCUGCUGGGCACCACUAUUUUGGUGGGUGGCUUACUGGGCUGCUUUCUGGACAAUAUAAUUCCAGGCACACCAGCUGAGCGCGGACUCAUUGACUGGGCCAAUGAGAUGCCUCUGGGAGACGACAACAUCAACGAUGGCACUGCCACGGAUUACGAUUUUCCCUACGGCAUGGACACCAUACGGAAAUGGAAGUGGACCUACUACAUACCAUUCAUGCCCACCUACAAGCUCAAGAAACAGAACUAAGAGAGAUUUCCCUCAUCAGUGGCGUUAAUACUUAAUGCAGAUCGGAUAGAUUAAAGAAUAUGUUUUACGUUAACGAUUGUAUUCAUACGUGAUGUUUAUUGAUUUCUGUUUAAAAUGUUUGCAUUCAUUCUCAUGCUUUAUUACAUUUUCGUACGUUCAAUUUUCUAAGCACUAGUUUUUUUUCCGUUUUCAAUUUUAAAUUCGCUUUUUGUUUUCGCUACACUCGAAUCUUUUGCUCUCGUUAAUUCUACACAUAUCUUCUAUUAUUUUGCAAUAACAUCAAUAGUUCUAGUUAACGAAAGAUGGCACCAAUACAAUAUCAAUACCAUUGCAAGCUAUCAAUUUCUCAAAUCAUUAUUCAGUACUGUUUUGCAAAAAAUUCGUGUUAAAAUUAUUGAUAAAAUUUUAACGCAUUUUUCGGCGUGGGGCUCUUAAUAAUAUCAUAUAAAAUAUCUCUAAAAUAUUCGUUAAAAAAUUAACAUUCCUCAACCGUGCAUCCCGUACCGUUAACUGCUUACAAAUUAAAUCAUCUUUAUGUCUAGGGCUAAAUCUAAAAACGUCGAAGGAACCAAGGCACAAUUAUUUGAGAAUCCUAGGCGACAACAAUGAUCAUCGGUCACAAGGACAUCUACUACAGCUUCUUUCACUGUCUAUCUCUGAAACGUUACUAUGUGUAUAUCUGACUAGUUAAUGGGUCAACUACAAGCAGAGCUCCAGGGCGACCUGCACUAAAUUUUAACUUUCGCUAUAUAAAA